AGUUCAAGUGCGUCACACCCAUUACUUUUAUCAUGGCGGCCACACUGUUGAAUAAGUGCGUGUCUCCGUUAAGUCUGAUCAACAGAUUGCUUUGCGUCCCCCAGUGGAGGAUGCGAUGUGGUUAUCACGAAAAGGUGGUGGAUCACUAUGAGAACCCAAGAAAUGUAGGAUCUAUGGACAAAAAUGCUAAGAAUGUGGGCACGGGUUUGGUUGGUGCACCCGCAUGUGGUGAUGUGAUGAAACUGCAGAUUGAGGUGGAUAAAGAUGGAAAGAUUGUGAACGCCAAGUUUAAAACCUUUGGCUGUGGCUCUGCUAUUGCAUCCAGUUCUUUGGCCACUGAGUGGAUAAAAGGCAAAUCUAUUGAUGAGGCAUUGAAGAUUAAAAACACUGAGAUUGCUCAAGAGCUUAGCCUUCCACCAGUUAAACUGCAUUGCUCAAUGCUGGCAGAGGAUGCUAUAAAAGCAGCUUUGGCAGACUACCAUCUGAAACAGGAAGGUGAAGAGGGCAAGAAGAUAGUAGCAGCCAACAACUAGGGGUCGCUGUUGGACCUCUCUACAAGUUUAGACCAAAGCUUUUCAAACCUUGAACUGUAGCCUAUCUUUUAAACGCACACUUUUAAGGGAUAGUUCACCCAAAAAUGAAAAUUAUGUCAUCCUUUAUUCACUCUGAUCAAAACUAUUUCAAACCGGUUUAAAAUUCUUUGUUCUGUUGAACUUAAACGAAGAUAUCUGGAAGAAUGUUAGCAAUUUUCGGUUCUGGGAUGUCAUCCACAUAGUAGAAAGAAAAUAUUGUGUAUUUUUUUGUUCUGUUGAACACAAAAUUCGAUAUUCUGAAGAAUUUAGGAAAACAAACAGUUCUGGGGCAUCUUUAACUACAAUUGAAUUCUUCCUAGUAUGGUAGUCAAUGGUGUUCCGAAACUGAAAAUUGCAAACAUUCUUCAAAAUGUCUUUCUCUGUGUUCAUCAGAACAAAGUAAUUUAUACCGGUAUGAAAUUACAUGAGAGUGAGUAAAUGAUGACGGAAUUUUCAUUUUUGGGUGAACUAUCCCUUUAAAAUCACUUACUAAACGUCUGCUAAAGUCUGUAUUUGCAUUGAAGUUUUUAUAGGUAAGUUUGCAGAUGUGAUGAUGAGGGAAAGUGUUUAACACUUGCUAUUUAGAUUCACACAAACCUGUAAUGUUGUGUAUUAAGGAAAGGAAAAUGUGGUUCAGAUGCUGAUUAUAUGUUUGGCUAUUAGUUAAUGCUUCUUAAACCUUCCAUAUUUACAAAAAUAAAGCAUAUGCACACCUCA